AUGUCGUCCUUAAUCAGAAGGGUGAUCAGCACCACGAAAGCCCCAGCGGCCAUUGGUCCCUACAGUCAGGCGGUGCUAGUCGACAGGACCCUUUACAUCUCGGGACAGCUGGGCAUGGACCCUGCCAGCGGGCAGCUUGUGCCAGGAGGGGUGAAAGAAGAAGCUAAACAAGCUCUUAACAACAUGGGCGAGAUCCUGAAAGCGGCAGGCUGCGACUUCAGUAACGUGGUCAAAACAACUGUGCUGCUGGCUGACAUAAAUGACUUCAGUACUGUCAAUGACAUCUACAAACAGUAUUUCAAGAGCAAUUUUCCUGCGAGAGCUGCUUACCAGGUUGCCGCUUUGCCCAGGGGAGGCCGCGUGGAGAUCGAAGCCGUGGCCGUCCAAGGCCCUCUCGCAUGA